CUCACAAAACUCAUAUGGGAUGCUGACAAAGCUAGAUUAAAACGUCUUAAAUACUCUUGCAUGCACGAAUGUCCUGAGUUGUUGAAAAAUUAUAUUCGUGAUGGAAAGAGCUUUCUGCAGAGGACAGAGCCCCUCCAUAUCUCUGCUCCAGAGAACCCCCUCUUCUGUGGUCAGCUGCCACUCUACAGGUUUCUUCCCUGGCAGAGCUGAAAUGUUCUGGACUAAAGACGGAGAAGAAAUUCACGAGGAUGUUGAGAAAGGAGAGAUCCUCCUCAACAAUGAUGGGACCUUCCAGAUGAGUGUUGAACUCAAUGUUUCAUCAGUCCCACCUGAUGGCUGGAGGAGAUACGACUGUGUGUUUCAGCUUUCUGGUGUUGGAGACGACAUAAAAAUCACUCUGGAUAAAUCUCUCAUCCGUACAAACUGGGCUUAUCCUCCAGAGUUUCCAGUUGCUCCUGUUUCAGGAAUUGUAGGAGGAGUUCUUCUUCUGGGAAUUGCUGUAAUUGUCCUCUGGAUGAAGAAACGCACUGGUUUCCAGCCUGUUGAUGGUAACUAUUCACCAUUUAAGUAUAUUUAA